CCUGUCCCGACACCUCAUCCGUUUACCGGGGAUUCAACACCGGGACGACCCGCCGAGGAUCACUCCGGCUGCGGCUCUCUGCCUCGCGAGGAGCGACUCGUCCCAACCGGCAGUUGCGCGCGCCGCUCGGGCUCAACACAAGCUAACCGCUAGCUUCUUCAGCAUCACCCCCGCACCGGGCGAAGAGACGUCGUAGGAGGGGCGAAUGGCGAGAGUUUACUCCGGUAGCCCCGUCGGAAGAAACACCGAGUAGCCGGACGGAACCAGCCCGGGUUUAUCUCCUGCUCCGAGUCACCGUUGCUGACAGAGCCUGAAGCAUGACGGUUGCUGGUGUCUCUGUUUCCUCCGCCAUGGUGCAGAAGUACCAGUCACCCGUCCGGGUGUACAAGCAUCCCUUUGAGCUGGUGAUGGCGGCCUACGAGCGCCGCUUCCCCACCUGCCACCUCCUCCCGAUGUUCGUGGCGAGCGACGUGGUGGAAGAGGAGAGCAACGAGGACGGCUCCACCAACUGGGUCCAGCGGCGCUGCGCGCUGGACGUGGACGCCCCGCGGCUGCUCAAGAGGAUUGCCGGUGUGGACUACGUCUACUUCAUCCAGAAAAACACACUGAACCGAAAGGAGAGGACGCUUCACAUCAAGUCGCACAACGAGACCUUCUCCAACCGGGUCAUCAUCAGUGAGACCUGCUGCUACUCGGUUCACCCUGAGAAUGAAGAGUGGACUUGCUUCGAGCAGACCGCCAGCCUGGACAUCAAGUCCUUCUUCGGCUUCGAGAGCACGGUGGAGAAGAUCGCCAUGAAGCAGUACGCCGGCAGCAUCAAAAAGGGAAAAGAAAUCAUCGAUUUCUACCUGAAAGAGCUCGAAGACGAAGGGAUCACCGACGUGCCGCGCUGGACUCCCUCGUCGCCGCUCCCCGCGCCGCGGCCCAGGCUGACCAGCCUGUUCAGCAGCCCGGCGGUCCUCCCCAAGCUGACGGUCACGCCCGCCGUGUCCAUCCCGCUGCCCGCCGACGCCAAGGACGUCACCUGUCAGGACGCGGUGCGGGACAGCGUCGCUCUGCAGGACGACGGCUUCACGGAGAUGCUGCCCGGUACUCCUGAAGAUAAAUUGGAUGCAGAUUACAUCACGCGUUACCUCGGCGACCUGACCCCGCUGCAGGAGAGCUGCCUGAUCCGACUCCGCAAAUGGCUGCAGGAGACUCACAAGGGAAAGAUUCCUAAGGACGAGCACAUCCUGCGUUUCCUGCGCGCCAGAGACUUCAACAUGGAGAAGUCCCGGGAGGUGCUCUGCCAGUCGCUGACCUGGAGGAAGCAGCACCAGGUGGACUACCUGCUGGAGACCUGGACCUCCCCACAGGUCCUCCAGGACUACUACACCGGGGGCUGGCACCACCAUGACCGAGAGGGACGUCCUCUGUACCUCCUGCGGUUGGGCCAGAUGGACACCAAAGGCCUGGUCCGCGCUCUGGGGGAGGAGUCUCUGCUCAGACACGUGCUGGCUAUCAAUGAGGAGGGUCUGAGGCGCUGUGAGGAGAACACCAAGGUGUUCGGUCGACCUAUCAGCUGCUGGACGUGUCUCGUGGACCUGGAGGGGCUGAACAUGCGUCACCUGUGGCGCCCGGGCGUCAAGGCGCUGCUGAGGAUCAUCGAGGUCGUGGAGGCCAACUACCCCGAGACUCUGGGACGGCUGCUCAUCCUCAGAGCCCCCCGGGUGUUCCCCGUCCUCUGGACACUGGUGAGUCCGUUCAUCGAUGAAAACACCCGCAAGAAGUUCCUAAUAUUUGCCGGCAAUGACUACCAGGGUCCCGGAGGGCUGGUGGAUUACAUAGACAAGGAGAUCAUCCCCGACUUCCUGGCAGGGGAGUGCAUGUGUGAGGUACCUGAGGGCGGCCUCGUUCCCAAGUCCAUGUACCGCACGGCCGAGGAGCUCGAGAACGAAGACGUCCGCAUGUGGACCGAGACCAUCUACCAAAGUGCCAGCGUCUUCAAGGGAGCUCCACACGAGAUCCUCAUAGAGAUCAUCGACGCCUCCUCCGUCAUCACCUGGGACUUUGACAUAUGCAAAGGCGACGUGGUUUUCAACAUCUACCACUCCAAGCGGGCCCCCCAGCCCCCACGUAAAGACCCCCUGGUGGUGGCCCACGUCAUCACGUCUCCGGUGGGCAACAACGUCCAGCUCAUCGACAAGUCGUGGAUGCUGGGGCAGGACUACAGCAUGGUGGAGACCUCGCUCACCUGCAAGGAGGGCGAGAGCGUGCAGGGCUCUCACAUCACGCGGUGGCCGGGUUUCUACAUCCUCCAGUGGCGGUUCCACAACAUGCCGGCCUGCUCCACCACCAACCUGCCGCGCGUGGAUGACGUGCUCGCCACCCUGCAGGUGUCCUCGCACAAGUGCAAAGUCAUGUACUACACGGAGGUGCUGGGCUCCGAGGACUUCAGAACGGCUUGCUGGGAUGUGCAGAGUUUGGGCUCGAUGACCAGCCUGGAGUCGAGCCACAGCGGCUUCUCUCAGCUCAGCGCCGCCACGACGUCCUCCAGCCAAUCACAGUCCAGCUCCAUGAUCUCCAGGUAGAAACAGGAGGCUGGGGUCUCUCUCUCUCUCUCUCUCUCUCUCUCUCUCUUUUCCCCCCCCCAGCCAACUCUCCUCCCGCCCUUCUCCAUCGUCUCCGGACGAUGUUCCCGCUGCACAGCGAGUCUCUCGAGCUGAAGCAUGCUGGGAAAACCACGAAUACUAAAUAUGAAAUCCGAGGAGGAAAAAAAGAAGAAGAAAAACAGACUACGAUUUUAAAAAGGGCUGAUUUUUAUUUUGUUGUUGCACAAAAGGUGAUGUAUAUGUCGUGAGCCUGGUACCUCAGCUGGAAUCAAAGCAUCAGCAGAAUGUGUGUGUGUGGGAAAGGGUCAAAGGUCAAAGGUCGGGAGGCGAACUGCAGCACGAGGAGCAGAAAUGAGCAAUAUUCUCAUCCCUUGAGCUACGAGAUGAAAACACUGGAGGAGCUGUUACACAAUAUGCAUUCACACACACACACACACACACACACACACACGUGGACAUUUGAUGAGUGUGUGCCAUAUUCCCAGAGGGGCGUUUCUUAACUACCUGUGUGUUCGGGGGAGGGGCGAAGUGAACUCUGAACAGGACUUGGGUCAAAGAUCACCUGCGAUUUAUUUUUCCAUCGUCACGGCGUGGAUGGAGGGGGCGGAGCUUAACGUUCAUCUCAUCGUCUUUCUGUCCGACCCUCGAGGCUCGGAGAGCGCUUUAAUAUUUUUGACCUGGAGCAAUAACACGAGGUUUGACUUUCUACCGUGUGAAAUAUUUCUAUUUAUGGUUCUGAAGACGUUGCUUUGUUACUGAAUGUGCUGCUGCUCGCCGGCCAAUGAGACGCCUGCGUUCGGAGGCCGUGAUGUCAUCCUCUGCUUCGUGUUGUCAGAGCGAUGCAGGUUUUACAUUGUGUGGAUGAUGAGGUCGUAUGGGAGGAGGCGACGUGUUGACGGUGUUUCUGGAGAUGUGUGAUUGGGGUGAAGCAGAGCGGUGAUUGGGGUUUGAAGAUAUAUAUUAUUUAAAGAUUAUAAUAGAGACAUUUAAAAAUUAUGUAAUACCAUUUGAGCCUUUUGUAAACAUCAUUUUCCUGCUUUUUCUCCCCGUUUUUUUUCUUUCAAGGUCACCACUGUGACAGACGAACAUUUCUAAACGCAACGCAGCAGAAGUUUUUAUUACUAUUUAUUUUGCUGAUUAGCCUUGAGGACUGUUGCCAUAGUUACAGAGUGCAGCCAGCAGUAGAAAGAAGAAGAAACGGUAAUAUAUAUAUAUUUUUUAAAUAUAUUUAAAUAUAUAUAUAUAUAUUUUUUUAAUAUAUAUAAUAUAUUUAAAAGAAAAUAUAUAUAUAUAUAUAUAUAUUAAAAAACUAUAUAUAUAUAUAAAUAUAUUUCUCUUCAUAUGGGACUUAGACUGGCUCCGUCUGGUUUUUAAUACAUGAAAAUGCUUGUUUAUUUUAUUUUUAACUUUUAUUGAAAGGUCAAGGGUGAAGUUGUGCUAACUGUGUCAUUAACUGCAAUAACAUGAAAAGGACCUCCUCAGACGGGGCUAUUUAACUGUGUGAAUGUGGGGGUCAAAGAUAUGCCUGUAAACUAAGUGUAAACAACUCCUCUGACUGUAGAACAACGUGACUCCAUCACUUCAGGAGCUUCACUUCACUUAAUGAAUCUUUAUUUAAAACUUUAUUAGUUCAUCUGACGGUGAAACAAACGUCUCACACACAGAACCAUGGAGGAGCAUCUGGAACUGAAAGGGUUCUUCAGAGCGACGCCAUAGAAGAACCAUUUCUGGUUCCUCAAAGAACCUUUCAAACCAGGGUUCUCUAGAGAGUUCUUCAAAGAAGCUAUAAUGGUGCCUUAAAGAACAUUUUAAAAUGGUUCUUUAAGGCACCAUUUCUGGUUCCUCGAAGAACCUUUCAAAACAGGGUUUUUUAGAGAACCAUUUCCUUGAAUAGUUCUUCAAAUAACCUAUAAAGGUGUUUAAAGAACCUUCAACAAAUGGUUCUCUGAGGCACCAUCUCAGAAUGGUUCUUCAGUAGGUGAUGGUUCUUCGCAGAACCACAAAGCCCUUUAAAGAACCAUUUAAAGAACCUUAUUGUUCUGUGUAGCUCCUCGUCUCUCUUUACACUCCAGUGUGUCGUUGACUUUCUUUCUCACGCCUCAAAAGGAGGAUGAUAACUGUUGCAUAUCUGCUCUGUGUGAGGGGUCAUGUGGUCAUGUGAGGAUUCAUAUUUGGCGCUUUUACAUUUGUUUGUUUUUAAACAUUAAACUUGGAUUAUGAGAACAA